AUGCCCGCCGAUGCCGCUCAGAACACCAGUUUGUCGACCUGUCAGAAGGCACAAGGGCAUCCACCGCCGUUGCCGCUUGCUGCCAGACAAAAUAGCAGCAUUUUCUUUUCUUUGUAUCCGGACCUAAAAACAAUCAGCGUACGAAACGCGCGUGACUACGCGUCUUGUGCGGGGUGUCGCUACUACCGAGAAUUUUGCCUCUUGUGCUCAUCAGCGUACCCACGCUCGUCAUGA